AUGAAGUCUGAGAGAAAUAGAUUCUUUUAAAUGAUACUUUCCAGAGCUUAUUCCACAGGGUUUAACAGUUUUAAAUAUUUAAAAUCUUCAUAGCUGUCAAGGGCGGUGCACUGAAAGGUAGAGCUGGCUAGGAUUUAUUCUUUGUCACGGACGCUGCCGGUCCUAUUUUUGUCUGAAGUCGGCGUCUUAACGUGAUUUUAAUAUCACCGGAAGCCAUGAGUGCCUUGGUAGUGAACGCAGAGGGAGACGACGGCGGCGUAAGCUUCGACCUCAUCCAAAAUCGGAUUGAGUCGCUGAGCAGCAAGAUGGACAAGCUCAUCAACAUCCAAGAGAAGGUGCUGAACCGCCUGGACGGGAUGUCUCAGGACAUCGACGGCAUCGAAAAGGAUAUGGAGAAUCUGAAGGUGGACAAGGAGGAGAUCCAUCUGCCGCCGAAGGUGAUGAGCCAGACCCAGGUCGUGGGGCGAGAGGUGAAGGAGAUAUGCCAGGAGAUGAGCACCAUCAUGUCGGUGGUGAACCAGCGCACCGAGCAGCAGGCUCAGAAGAUGGAGGGGAUGGAAAAGCUGGUCCUCAGCAUGCAGCAGGUGAUCGGCUUCAUCGGGGAGACGGUGAAGAGCUCAAAGAUUAUGGAGCUGAUACUGAAAGGCCCCACGGCUCGGAAGGGCUGCAAACCCAAAGACAAUAAAGUAAAGCUACCGAUCAAGAAAAAAACGUCUACAGACGCAGUAACCAAGAAGCUGGACAAGAAAACUACCUCUAAUAAAACCAGUAAUGGGAACCAACAGAUAACUCCUGCAUGUGAGCCCAGUUCUCCGCAGCCGUCUCUCAAGAUAAGGCUCCACGGACCAAAGCAUUUCAUCGCCCUUCGCAAAUGUGGAAGAUUUAUGAAAGACCAUAAAGCUAAAGACGGGACCGAGAAGCCUUCUUUAAGUCCACAGAAUCAAAAAGCUCAGAAGAGGAUGAAGCCCCCUGACACAGCAGAUAAUAUCUCCCUGAAGAAGCAGGUGUUGCUUCUGGAAGAGGUGCAGAAGCUCAACAGGGAAAAUGUGGAGAAAUCCGAUCACCAGCUCGCCACCGGAUUUCUGGAUCUGGAGGCCGGAGCUUCGCCCAAAGAUCAACAGCUUGAUGCCGCCGCUCGCAAUCUGGUGGACUUCCUGCGAGAAGAUUCCCAGGCGGCCGAGGAACAUGAGGCAUCGGGUGAGGAGGGAGUGGGGGAGAAGGUAGCUGGGGGAGAGGCAGUGGUUACAGAGCAGGAACCAAAGCUUGAUGAGGAUGUGAGAGAGGAUGAAGAGGUCCCAGAGGAAAAGGAGGAGGAGGAAGCCUCGGCUGCAGCCCCAGAGAUCCCAGCUGAAAAAGAACCAGCUGCUACGAGAGAUGCUUCCCCAGCUGAGCAAGACCAGAAAGCCGAGGGGAGCGGCUCAACUGCCAAGACCUUUGUGACCGAGGAGCACUUUUUGGUGGAGGAACCCACAAAGAGCCAGGUGACGGAGGAGGAGAAGAGAGGAGACCGGGAGGAGGACGAACAAAAGCUGGAGUCUGAGGGCUGGGCCGUGUUCAGGGCCGAUGGAGUCGAAAUCCAGUUAAACCUCAAACAACGGCUGGAGAGAGAGAAGAAGGGAAACGAUGCAGAAAAAGAGGAGGAGGAGGAGGAGGAGGAGCGGUACUUUAUUGACAGCACUCCUCCGCCAGCAGCUCCUUUUAAUCACCGCCUUGUCUCGGCCAAGCCAAACCUGAUCAGCAACUUCUACACCAUCAACUGGCAGGAGGUCCUGGGAGGGGGCCGCUUCGGCCAAGUGCACAAAUGUGUAGAAAACUCCUCAGGUCUCACUUUGGCAGCGAAGGUCAUCAAAGCCAGGGUUCAGAAGGAAAAGGAGGUGGUGAAGAAUGAGAUCCUGGUCAUGAAUAAUCUGGACCAUGCCAGCCUGAUCCAGCUCUAUGCAGCUUAUGAGUCAAGGAAUGACAUCAUCCUUGUACUUGAAUAUGUUGGUGGAGGGGAGCUGUUCGACAGGAUCAUUGAUGAAAACUACACUUUAAUGGAGCUGGACGCUGUGGGGUUCAUCAGGCAGAUCUGUGAGGGCCUGCAGCACAUGCACAAAAUGUACAUCCUGCACCUGGACCUAAAGCCGGAAAAUAUUCUGUGCGUGAGCCGCGUAACAAAUAAGAUCAAAAUCAUCGACUUUGGCCUCGCAAGGAUAUAUAAACCAAGGGAGAAGCUCAGAGUGAAUUUUGGCACCCCGGAGUUCCUCGCUCCUGAAGUCAUCAACUAUGACUUUGUGUCGUUCAACACGGACAUGUGGAGCCUCGGCGUCAUCACAUACAUGCUCCUGAGUGGUCUCUGCCCCUUCCUCGGUGAUGACGACAACGAGACUCUGAAUAACAUCCUGUCCUGUCGGUGGAACUUUGAGGAGCAAGAGUUUGUAGAUACCACAGAAGAAGCCAAAGAUUUCAUCUCCAAGCUCCUUAUUGUAAAUAAAAGUUGGAGGAUGGGGGCGUCUGAGGCAUUGAGACAUCCUUGGCUUUCUGACUCAGCGCUUCAUCAUCGCCUAAAUACAAAGAAAACGAUGUGCAGAUCACGGCGAUCAUCAUGUGUGCCCACGGCUGAUAGUUGAGGGCUCUGCAUUGAUGUGACAGCUCCAGCUGUGGCCACCCGGACCAACCCUCCCGCCCAUGUAUGUUACCCGAACAUCAGUCGAUGCACCUGCGGCAUUUUCCUGGAAUGUAUAAAACAAUAUACAAGUUAAGAGUUCUAGUCAAAUUAGUAAUGCGUUGCAAUGCUAGAAAAACAACAAGUUAGGUCAAUAGAAAGAGCAUCUUCCAAUAUAAUUCUGGGUCCAUGCAAUAAAUGUGACCUUUGUGAAGAUUACAGUGUUCAGUUAUUGUUGAGACUGUGUCAGAGAGGUGACACAUUGACUUUUACACGUGUGGUGAUGUUGUAUUACAUUACGUGACUCUGUAAGGUGUUUGUUUUUUCUAUUAUCUCAUCGUGUUGUAGAUUUUAAAUCAAAAUGGUGCUAAGGUCACAAUCUGACCUUCCUUCAUUAGACGCACACACGUAUUGUCAUACGUUUAUAUGAGCUUGACUGUGUGAAGCACCUUUUGUCUUGAAAGUUGAACAUGCACAUACUACGAUAUACUCACCCUCACUUACUUAUAACCAAAUGCACUGCGCUGUCAUUGUUUGCUGCUGAUUUCAUGUCCUGCUGAUGUAGUAGAUAAAAUCCUACAUGUUUAGAAACACACCUCAGUUAGCAAUAUUCUGUUUGGGCUGUAAAUAGACACUGAACUGUAGAUUAAAACCCAGAUGUUGUCAUAUCUUAGUGGAUGUGAACUGUACGUGAGGACAGAAGGGAAUUUGCGUGGCUGGUGCAAUGAGCUGUAGUAUGUGCACUUUAUAAACAGUUAUUUAUUUUAUCAUAUAUCACACCCGAACCUACGGUAGUACCACUGGAAAGGCUUGUGUGGUCGAAUCUGCUCAUGUCUCCUCGUGCUUCGUCCUAGUGUUUAUAAGGAAAAUACAUUUCACCCACACCGUUUAUGUCUUAUCAGCAAAGUUCCGUAUUUUGUUUUCUUCUUUGUUGCAUGUCGUAUUAUGUUUAAGUGAGAUUUAAUAGAAAAUAAUUAUAACUUAGAUGUUUUUUCCACAUUACAAAGUUAUCUUUAAACUACCUUCUGUGAAGGUUCACUAACUGAAAGCAAUACACUACCUACCUAAAAUGUAGCCUAAGUGCAUUAACUGUCGUUAGAUGUGUUAAUGUGAUGUUAUUUUACAGUCAUGAUGAAUGUUACAUUAAAUGUUGUUGA